UCAUUUUAUUUCAAGUUUGUUUCAUUGCUUGAUUCAUAGUAAACUGUUCAUUACUAAACAACAUUUGGCCUUUUUAUAACUACAAGCUUCACUUUUUUCACAUUGUCUUUUAAAGUUGAUGAAAUGAACAUCGAUAAUUUGCCUGAUGACUGCUUUUUAUAUAUUUUCAAACAUUUUUAUAGAUUUGAGACUCUUAUGAAUUGUGCUUCAGUCUGUAAAAGAUGGAAAUACUUGGUUCUCGAAAGAUUAAAAAAUGUUAAAUACUUAUCAGAUUCAUGGCAAGGGGGUGGUUAUCCUGCUAGGUAUACUAUUUUCUUGGAAGCUGAUGUUCGAUUAGAGCUAUUAGAAUGGUUUCCUAAACUCAAGAUUUUAGAUAUUGAAAGAGACUUUGAUAAGGAUUUCAUCUCGAAUGUAAAAGUCAAAGGACUGCAACUUGCAUAUAACUAUUAUAUUGAUUUGGAAGAUGUCACCUGUCAUAACCCAUCGCUUGAAAUGCUAUCGAUUUCACACUUCUGCAGUUUUUUCGCCAACGAGAUCCAAGGACCAACACUGAAACAAUUAUACGUAGAAUGUUUGGUUUCUGAUUUUGCCAGUUAUGCUAAAUAUUUUCCGAACUUGAAACGACUUCACAUUCAAAAAUACGGGAGCUUCAUGACAGAUGCGUUUGCUGACAGGCGCUAUACUGGACCUGUUCUUGAAAAACUUGAGAUUUUAGAAAUAAUUUUUUAUCUUGAUCAACAUGGGAUGCUGGAUAAUUAUCAUGGAUUCAGCCUUGCAGAUCAUUGUCCAGCUUUGAAAAGUGCCUUCCAUUAUAUUCAAACGGAUGAAGAAUUCUUCGUCAACAGUGGAAUCAAAAAUCAUUUCUUACAAGAUUUAGUUCUUCAAUUUAAUGAACCACAAGGUUGGCCAGUUUUAAGACGCAUAUUGAGCAAGUAUCCAAAUUUGAAACAUUUGGCUAUCAGAGGAAACCCGGGCAUAUCUGAUGAAAAUAUUCCCGAACUUUUAGAGCUACUUCCUCGUAUUAUUCUUAUUGACAUCAGAUACUCGCCAAAAGUAACCGAAAAGUCAACUGAAUAUAUUGAUUGGUACUGUAGACGUCAUAAUCGUUCAAUCUCAUUUUACUACCAAAAAAGACCUUUAAUAACAAAGAAAUGGCCUCAUUUAUCAACCAAAAGAGUACGAAUCGGUCGUGGAUUUGAUUUCAUGAAAUACUGUUUUCUCAGAAAUUAUAAUGAGUUGCCUUUUCUACUCGAUCCUGAUGAAUAAACAACAUUCUAUGGAAAUUUCAACCCUCAUUAUUCCUGAAAUGUUUUCGAUUGGAAUCCGUCCUGUAAUAUUUUUAAUCAUGUUUCAGUUUGUUGAGGUAUAAUCUAUUAAUCUAUCACAAACUUUCGUAAGCUUUUCUUGAAAGUACGGCUCAAUAAAUAACAUAAGUCAGCUAUUCUCACUUAUUAUGAACAUUUUAA